AUCCACUCGACUCCCUUGCUUUGGCGCCAGCCGUGACAGAUAGGGCAAACAAGGAAGGGGGGAAGAGAAGGAAAAUCAAACUGAGAGGGAAUUUGGAAGGUUCCCGGCAAAGGCAGCCCAGCCUGUCACCGCUCUCUCUCGUUGCUGGCGCUGCCGCUUAGAGUUCGGGUCCAUUAAUUCCUCCCCCGGUACGCCAUGGCUGUUUCCGGCAAGCAGUCGCCUGUGCCCGAGCAGCCCGAGCAUCUGGACGUGAUCGAGACUCCAACCUCCCCAUCUUCCUGCCUGGCUCGCUCGCGCUUCGAGUUUGAAACCGACAAGCGCAAUGAGGGAACUAAGAUUCUUAUGGUCGAAUGGGAGGACACGGCUCCCGAAGUAGACGGCAGCGCAGACCAAACGGGCGAAAGCAGCGAUUGGGAAGUGACGUGGGAGGGCAAGGGAGCGGUGCUACCGGUUCGAGAUGUUGACCCGGAAGCCGACAGCAAUCUGCGCCGCGUGUACUUCCUCCUCCCUCCCGGUGCCCCGAUCCCGCCGCUCGUCGAGAUUAAACGCCGAGGAAAGAGCACGACCGCCACUGACGGAACCGGCAACAUCCUGCGCACCAAGCCGAUGCCCGCCAUCUUUCCGGCCGAGCUGACGAGCCAGCAAGAUGCCGGCCGGCGCGGCGUGCUGCAUACGAUAUGGGCCAAGAGGCGUCUGGCGGAGCUACAGGCCGAGAUUGCGGCGGAGAUGAGGACGAAUGGCGAGAGCGUGGGGCUUGAGAUGGCCAUCCAGGAGCGGCAAUGGAUUAUCGACCAUUUUGGGCUUGUACCUGACCCGGACAUGCCGCAACCGACGAAGCUUCACCUUCCGCAAAGCUCCGCCGUCCCAGCAAGCCCGAGGAGCCCGGUAGGCGGAAGGCUGGGGGAGAAGCUUAAAGGGCUCAAGCUCGCUACGAGCCCGGCGGAACUGGCCGCUGCUAGCCAAGUGGCAAAGAGCGCCCCUCGAGCGCCGCCUUCAAUCACAUCGCUUUCGCCGCCGGCUACGAGCGUCUCGACGGCCCCAGGCUUGGGCCAAGGCGGAGUCGCCUCACUAGAUGCUGUCGUGGGGGCCGGAGUGGCACCGGCACCCCCGGCCAAGGUUUGUGAAGGAGACGAUGCGAACGAGGAAGACUUGUUUGCCCUUCCCAUGAGCCCUCGCAGCCCAGAGAUGAAGAGAAGCCCGUUCAGUAUUCUAUAGAUGCCAACAGUUUA